AUGCCGUUUCUCCAGAUUAAAUUCAACCAGAACCUGAUAUUUUGCCUCUUAUCUCGCUCCAGAAAUAAGAAAAAAACAAGAAAACCAAACAAAUCGUCUUCACCAAGCCGAAAAGAGCGUCACACGCACCAUUUAUCCCCUGCUAAAUCAGUUGCAUCCUUAUACAGAUCAACAAGUAAAUUAGCAAGAAGUAGAAGCAGAUCAAGUUCUCAAGCAACCGCCGUUCCUUCUACAAGUACAAUUGCAACUUCUCAAACAGCCCUUUCUGGCACUGAAACCGCUAUAAAGGAAACUCACAAGCAAGAAAAGAAUACAGAAAGUACCCCCCAAAGGUCAAGCUCUGUUCAUUUUUCUGAAGACCAAACUCCUGUUUCCGAAACAUCUACAGCCGUUGAAUCUUCAAGUUUAUCUAACGAUCUUAACGAUAGCCCAUUAAAAGGUAAAUCCAGCAAAUCGUCUCAAGUAUCUAAACUACCACUACUCGAUCCAUUUCCAACUGUUUCUGUACAAAUUUCCAGUUCAGCAAAAAUAGUCGAACCAACAAACCUAGAAAAUUCAGAUAUGUCUACACCAGUCGAAAAGAGUAUCAAUACGGCAGCAAGUAAAGUCGAGAAGGCCACUUCUCCUUCGAAAACCGAAGCAUUGAAAGAUAAGGCCAAGAAGGCUUCCAGCUCCAUAAAGGAGAAUGCUUCGAAGGCUUCUGACACAAUUAAAGAGAAUGCAUCAAAGGCUUCCGGCGCUAUCAAGGAGAAUGCUUCGAAAGCAUCUAAAGAGGCCGAUAACUUCUUUAAGAAGAUUAUAUCUGCCGUUACAGGUGGACUUUCCUCCGUUGCUUCAACAACUGAAUCAGUUGUUUUGAACUACCCAGUUGCCACAUCCAAUUUCACAGCAAUCUUGUCUGCUGGUUUGACCACUCUUCUUUUCCAGAAAACUUGCCCUAAGUACACACCAAAGUGCCCAACCAAGCACUUGUACGGUGGAGUUUUCUCCAUUGUCGCCUCUACUUUGGCCAUCGUGGACUCGUUUGCUAUCUACUACAAUCAUAAGAAGCAACUUACAAAUUAG